CCACUUAAUAAUCAAGUGAUUCUCCGAUACGGCCAACAUGGCAAUGUGGCUGCAUAACUCCUGUCUGCUGCUGCUGCUGCUGCUGGCAGCAGUCGGCCUGCAGGCGCGACUGAUCCUUCCGCAGGACGACGGCCAACUGGAGACUAAGGGGACAUUCGUUGGCACUCCACGCGUGGACGACAACUCUGCGAGCAACUAUCGUCUGCCCAACAACACCGCACCCGAGUCGUACACGGUGGAGCUAUGGACCAAUGUGCACAAUGGCACGCAGGCCUUCAACGGCAGCGUGAAGAUCGAUCUGCAAGUCCUUGAGCUAUCCAGUUCCAUUACACUGCACUACCGCCAGACAUCGAACUUCACGGCAACGAUCAUAAGCAGAGAUACGGUCAGUCCCGUGGCCAUUGAGCUGGAUGUGGCCACCGAUACGGUACGCGAAUUUCUGAACUUCACGCCGAAGGUGGAAACUGUCACCUUUGCGGCGAACACCAACUGGACCCUCAGCAUCCUCUACAAUGGCACCCUGCGCAGCGAUAUGGGCGGCUUCUACAUAUCCAGAUACACGGACGAUGACAAUGUUGUGCACUAUCUGGCCACUACGCAGUUCGAGAGCACCAAUGCCCGACACGCCUUCCCCUGCUACGAUGAGCCGGCGCGGAGAGCCAACUUCACCAUCACCAUCCACCACGAUCCCUCGUACACGGCCAUUGGCAAUAUGCCCGUGAAUGCGACGGCCACCAGUUCGGGUGUUACCGCCUUCCAGACCACGCCCAAGAUGUCCACCUACCUGGUGGCCUUCAUCAUCUCGGACUUUGAGUCGACGGGCGGCGAGCUGAACGGCCUGCCCCAGCGGGUAUUCUCGCGCAAGGGCAAGCAGGAUCAGCAGGAGUGGGCCCUCUGGUCCGGCCUGGUGGUGGAGUCCAGUCUGGCUGGCUACUUCGGUGUGCCGUUCGCACUGCCCAAGCUGGAUCAGGCCGGCAUACCGGACUUUUCGGCUGGCGCAAUGGAGAACUGGGGCCUGGCCACGUACCGCGAACAGUACAUGUGGUGGAACAAGCAGAACUCGACCAUCAACCUCAAGACGAACAUCGCCAAUAUCAUUGGGCAUGAGUAUGCGCAUAUGUGGUUCGGGGAUCUGGUCUCAAUCAAAUGGUGGACCUAUCUCUGGCUGAAGGAGGGCUUCGCGACGCUCUUCUCCUACGAGUCCAACGACAUUGCCUUCCCCGAGUGGAACACCUAUCAGAUCUACCAUGUGAACGACUACAACAGUGCCCUGCUGAACGAUGCCUUGGCCUCGGCCACGCCCAUGACACAUUAUGUGCAGACGCCCUCUGAGAUUAGCGGACGCUACAAUACCUUCUCGUAUGCCAAGCCUGCCAGUGUGCUCUUCAUGUUCAAGAACGCCUGGUCAGACCCCGUCUUCCGGCUGGGACUGAACAAGUAUCUGAGCAAGAACCAAUACACUUCCUGCGACGAGUGGGACUUGUUUGCAUCCCUGCAGGAAGCUGCCAACGAACAGGGUCUCACGCUGCCCACAACUGUGGCCAACAUCUUCUCCAGCUGGUCGCAACAGGCCGGCUAUCCCCUGCUGACUGUCGAACGUAACUAUGCCGCUGGCACCUUCACCGUCAAGCAGCAGCGCUACGUCGCCGACAAAGAGGCCACCAACCAGAACACCUGGUAUGUGCCCAUCAACUUUGCCACUGCCUCCAGCCCGGACUAUCGCAAUACGAGCGCCUCCCACUACCUGCUGAAUGUCUCCGAGCUGGCCAUCACAGAUGCGCAGAUAGGCAGCGACGAUUGGCUGCUCCUCAACAAGCAGAGUUCGGGCUACUAUCGCAUCCUGUACGACAACCAGAACUAUCGGCUGCUGGCCCAGGUACUGGCCGAUCAACCGUACAAGCUGCACGCCCGCAAUCGCGCCCAGCUGCUGUACGACACCUACAUCUUCCUGACCACCGGACGCCUCGGCCACAGCACGCUCUUCGAUUUGUUGACGUACCUUAGGAACGAGAAUGAGUACGCGCCCUGGUCCACUGCCAACACCAUUCUGACCGUCUUCGAUCGUUAUCUGCGCGGCGAUGAGCAGUACUCGCACUUCAGCAAUUUCGUGGUGGAGCAGAUCGACGACAUCUUCAAUAGGUUGGGCGUCAACGAGAUUCCCGGGGAGCACUAUCUGAACAACUAUCUGCGCGUGGUGCUGGUCAGUCUGGCCUGCCAAGUGGGCAGUGAGUCGUGCUACGAGCAGUCGGCCCAGAAGCUGAAGCAGUUCCUUCUCAAUGGCAUUCCCAUCGAGCCAACGGUCAGGACACAGGCCUUCUGCGGCGGCCUGCGCAAGGCGGAGGAUGAUAUCUACAAUCGCGUACUGCAGAAUCUGGGCUCCUCUGCCGAUGCCACCGACCGCAGCCUGUUCGUCUCUUCGUUGGGCUGCUCGCAGGUGCCAUCGCAGCUGGAGACAUUCCUCUCGAGCUCAUUGGAUGAGAGCAAUGGCCUGACCGACAGCGAGCGGACGUCCCUGCUCAAUGCCGCCUACUCGAGGAGCGAGGUGGGUCUCACGGCCAGCUUGGAUUUCCUCGAGUCCAAGUGGAGGGACUACGCCCAGCUGAAUGGAUCCACCAAGCCCGUGGACUUGGCUCUGCGUGGCAUUGCCACCUAUGUGGUUAGCGAGAAGCAACAGACAAGGCUCAACGCCCUCGUCGAAGAGGUGAAGACCAAUGGACCGGAGUAUGUCAACGAUGAUCUUAGCACCACCGUUGACACCCGAGUGAAGGCCAAUCUCGAUUGGCUGGCCGUCCAUCGUGAUCCCCUGAUCACUUGGCUCUCCGCCUAUCACACAAAGGACAAUGGCAGUCCUGCCCUGACGACAUCCCUGGCCACGAUUCUGGCCACAACGCUGACGCUGCUGCUGUGGCAGCUAUUUUAAGUCUUAGUCAUGUGCUCAAGUACAACCAUAAAUAAAUCUAAUUAAUGAAUCAAC